CGCAGUCUCUUUCCCCGGCCACAAAACAACCGUGAGUGUCUAACUCACCGUUCUUGAAAAACUUAAAAUAAAAAUAAAAUAAAAAAUAUAAAAUCUACAAAAUCUUUAUAAAAACAAGUACCGCAAUACUUAAAGGAAAAACAAACGCUUAUUACAAAAAUAGCAAAACAUUAAUUUAAGAAAAAAAAAAAAAACACUUGGAACCAGGAGGCCUCGGGUUUAACCCGAAUUUGGCGUUAUUAAAGGAAGAAACACUUCAGAAGACCUCGCUUUAUACCGUGAUUUUUCCAGGUUCGACAUUUUUCUGAGCACGCUUGAGCAGAGAGCCAGCUGUCAGUGUCUUUAUUAGGUGAAGCACAGUUCGGACUCGGAAUAUUUUCAUACCGGCUAUUUUUCUCACGCCUUUUUGAGGGAAAGGGGAGCUCUCCGUUCAAACAUUUAGUGGAGUCCGAGAUAUGAACACAGCAGCUACGGGGAGUUAUCCGAUGGCUUCUCUCUACGUUGGCGACCUGCACCCCGACAUCACGGAGGCUAUGCUGUAUGAGAAAUUCAGCCCAGCCGGACCGGUGCUCUCCAUUCGAGUAUGCAGAGACAUGAUCACCCGGCGAUCCUUGGGAUACGCGUAUGUUAACUUUUCCCAACCUGCUGACGCUGAGAGAGCCCUGGACACCAUGAACUUUGACGUGGUGAAGGGAAAGCCAAUCAGAAUCAUGUGGUCCCAAAGAGACCCCUCCCUCAGGAAGUCUGGAGUGGGCAACGUGUUCAUCAAGAACCUUGACAAGUCCAUUGACAACAAAGCACUGUAUGACACCUUCUCUGCCUUUGGGAACAUUCUCUCCUGCAAGGUGGUAUGUGAUGAAAAUGGCUCCAAGGGCUAUGCCUUUGUCCACUUUGAGACCCAGGAUGCUGCUGACCGUGCCAUUGAGAAGAUGAACGGCAUGCUUCUGAAUGACCGCAAGGUGUUUGUGGGUCGUUUCAAAUCUCGCAAAGAACGGGAGGCUGAACUUGGUGCCAAAGCCAAAGAGUUUACCAAUGUUUACAUCAAGAACUUUGCCGACGAUGUGGACGAUGAGCGGCUGAAGGAGAUGUUCGACAAAUAUGGUAAAACACUCAGCGUAAAGGUGAUGACUGAUCCCACCGGCAAAUCAAGAGGCUUUGGAUUUGUUAGCUAUGAGAAACAUGAGGAUGCUAACAAGGCUGUAGAGGACAUGAAUGGCGCAGAAUUCGGUGGUAAGACUGUGUUUGUGGGCCGGGCUCAGAAGAAGAUGGAGCGGCAGGCAGAGCUUAAGAGGAAGUUUGAGCUGCUGAAACAAGAGCGGAUCAGUCGUUAUCAGGGUGUUAAUCUUUACAUUAAGAACCUUGAUGACACCAUAGACGACGAGAAACUGCGCAAGGAGUUCUCUCCAUUCGGAUCUAUUACAAGUGCUAAGGUGAUGCUAGAGGAGGGUCGUUCCAAGGGCUUUGGCUUCGUCUGCUUCUCCUCCCCUGAAGAGGCCACCAAGGCCGUGACCGAGAUGAAUGGACGCAUCGUUGGCUCCAAACCCCUCUAUGUGGCUCUUGCUCAGCGCAAAGAGGAGCGCAAAGCCCACCUUACCAACCAGUACAUGCAGCGUAUCGCUGGAAUGAGGGCCAUGCCUGCAAAUGCCAUCAUUAAUCAAUUCCAGCCCACGAGUGGCUACUUCAUGCCAGCAGUGCCUCAGGCCCAGAAUAGGACAACAUACUAUGCACCCAAUCAGCUGGCCCAAAUGAGACCCAACCCCAGAUGGCAGCAACAAGGUGGCAGAGGUCAAGGGGGUUUCCAAGGGAUACCCAAUUCACUACGCCAGCCAGGACCCCGUGGCAACUUGAGGCACAUGUCUCCUGGUAGCACACAGGGACCACGAGCUGCUGGCCAGGCCAUGGCUCCUCGUCCCUCGAUGGGAGUCCCCGGCGGCCCCCGUGCCAUGCCUCCUUACAAAUAUGCCACUGGUGUCCGUAACCCAAACCCCCAGGUUGUUCAACCUAUUGCUUUACAGCAGGCUCAGCCGGCUGUACAUGUUCAGGGCCAGGAGCCUCUCACAGCCUCCAUGCUGGCUGCUGCACCCCCUCAGGAACAGAAGCAAAUGCUAGGUGAGCGUCUUUUUCCACUGAUUCAGUCCAUGCAUGCCAACCUGGCAGGAAAGAUCACCGGCAUGCUGCUGGAGAUUGACAACUCUGAAUUGCUACAUAUGCUGGAGUCUCAUGAAUCUCUGCGAUCAAAGGUGGAAGAGGCUGUUGCUGUGCUACAAGCCCACCAGGCAAAGAAAGAUGCCACUCAAAAAGUGGGUGGCCUGGCUACUACAGCUCCACCUGCUGCCACAUCCUGAAAACUGUAUGCUGCAGACACAGAAAACUGAGCAGAAAUGGGGAGGGCCUUACUAUGGCGACUCCAAACACCUGACUCCUCUAAACAACUGUGCAAAAGAAAAGAAAAAAAAGAAAAGAAAAAUGUAAUUAAAAAAAUCUACUUUAAAAUUUUGAAAAAAUGUUACAGUUCAUAAUUUUCUAGUUCUGUAAUUAUUUUAAACUGCAUACCAAAAGAUAUAAUACUAAUACAUCUUGAAUGGAGGCCCUUCAUUCUGUGGCAAUGGACAAAAAACUUUUUCUAAAAGGAAACGAGCCUUGUUCUUUUUCUUUGCUUGACAGUUUUAUGUUUGAUUUGAAAUGAAAGGCUUCUCCAUGCUAUCAUGUUAUCAUUGGUGUGUGGUAUUCUCAAUAAAGGGAUGUUACAUCAUGGUUA